AUGAGGAAGAGCUGCUCCGAGUCACCUCUCCUCGGUGGAGCACAAUUAGCGCAAAGGGAGCAAGGGUCUGCCAGCUCGAGGGUGGAGGUGGUCCCACCUUAAGGAGCUCCCUUGGGGCCAGAGUGUGGUGCUGCUGCUGCGGGGUGUCAUCCAGGCAUCAGGUCCCUGCUGCUGGAGAUGGCACAGCCCCGGGGUGAGGGUACCAGAACCACUCACAGUCCCUAUGGCCUCAUGUGCCUCACUGAGCCCUGUUGAACACCAGCCAGGACUUAGACUUGCAAAGCAAGCGAUCCCAAGAGGUUUAGCGGCUUUGGGAUUGUAGGAGGAAUGUAGGGGAGGUCAGGCGGCAGGGCAGGAUGUCCUUCAGGGGGCUGGGAGCACAGGGGGUGCUAUUGUGGGGACAUGAAUGCAGGCAGGAGAAAGGAGCUUUGGCUCCACUUGAGCCAGGCAGAUGUGGGCUGACUGAUCCCAACAGCAUUCUUGCUGGUGAUGUCACGAGGAUCUUAAUGUCAUCAUUUAACCAGCUGGUUGGGAUUGGUAUCUCUGGGAGAAAUGUGGGUGUCAGAAAAAGGCCAGGAUCAGGCACCUUAGGGCCAGAGCUCUGGUGGCCGCUGUGAUCAACACCGAGCAGCACCCACUUGCCUAUGGCCAUGCACAGAUGCUGUGUCUCCCUUUCUCCCCUCGCAGGUCCCUGCAGUCAGAUGGGGAGAUGCCAGGAGGCUGGAACGCCUCCUCUGACAGCCCAGAGCUGCGAGCUGCAGGGAUUAUCGUGCCCGUCAUCUUCUCCCUCAUCUUCCUCCUGGGCACUGUGGGGAACGGGCUGGUGCUGGCCGUGCUGCUGCGGAAUGGCCAAGUCAAGUACAAUACCACCAACCUCUUCAUCCUUAACCUGGCCAUGGCCGACCUGUGUUUCAUCAUCUGCUGUGUCCCCUUCCAGGCCACCAUUUACACCCUAGAUGGGUGGCUCUUCGGGGCCUUUGCCUGCAAGGCUGUGCAUUUCCUGAUCUACCUCACCAUGUACGCCAGCAGCUUCACCCUGGCCGCUGUCUCCGUUGACAGGUACCUGGCCAUUCGCUAUCCGCUGAAGUCCCGGGAUCUCCGUACCUCCCGAAAUGCAGGAGUGGCCAUUGUAGCGAUCUGGUCGCUGUCGCUGCUCUUUGCAGGGCCUUACCUCAGUUACUACCAGAUUGUCCAUUACCACAGGGUGCCCAUCUGCAUACCCAUCUGGGAGGACCAGCGCCGAAAGAUUCUGGACAUCCUCACGUUUGUCUUUGGAUACCUCCUGCCUGUGACCGUGGUCAGCCUGGCAUAUGCCAGGACCAUCAAGUUCCUGUGGACCUCUGUAGACCCCAUAGAAAGGAUCUCAGAGUCCCGGAAGGCCAAGCGGAAGGUCACCAAGAUGAUUGUGGCUGUGGCCAUCCUGUUCUGCCUGUGCUGGCUGCCCCACCACUUGGUCAUCCUGUGCUUCUGGUUUGGCCACUUCCCCUUCAACCAAGCCACUUAUGCUUGCCGCCUGGCUUCCCACUGCCUUUCAUAUGCCAACUCCUGCCUCAAUCCCAUCGUCUAUGCCCUCAUCUCCAAGCACUUCCGCAAGCGUUUCAAGCAGGUCUUCACUUGCCUCUUCUUCCAGAACAAGACCAGGAAGAAGAAGAAGAAGAGAGUUGGAAAGAAAGUCCACAUGGUCAAUGUGGGCAAAGGUUUCACUAACAGCACCAGAGGUUUCUAUGGAGGCAACACUGAGGUGACCCAGGUCCCAGAGGAAAACACCAGGAAGAGGGACCCUGAAGGUGCCAGUCAUGAUGCCAGACCAUGGACUCACCAGCUACAAGAUGCCAUGGUCUCUGUGCAGAAAGAGCAUCUGGAGGAGAAAAGUUUGGCAACAGCUGGCCAUCCCCUAGCCAUGACCCCUCCAAGAGGAACUGAGGAGUUUCUGACUGUUCAUUACAGGUGA